CCAUAAAAGGCGCGAGUCGCCUCAUCUCUCAUUAAAACUCAACUAAUUUAAACUGUAGCAGUCAAUCACCUCCUCCUCCUCCUCCGCCGCCGCCGAGGACGACGACGACGACGAGGAGAAGCUGAUCGUGAUCGCGCGCGCAUGGAGCCCCACAUGGAGAGGGCGCUGCGGGAGGCGGUGGCGUCGGAGGCGGAGCGGCGGGAGCUGGAGGGCGUGGUGCGCGCGCACCACACGUUCCCGGCGGCGGAGCGCGCGGCGGGGCCGGGGCGGCGGCCGACGUGCACGUCGCUGGUGGCGCAGCGGGUGGACGCGCCGCUCGCCGCCGUGUGGCCCAUCGUGCGCGGGUUCGCCAACCCGCAGCGGUACAAGCACUUCAUCAAGUCGUGCGAGCUCGCCGCCGGGGACGGCGCCACCGUGGGGAGCGUCCGGGAGGUCGCCGUCGUGUCGGGCCUCCCGGCGUCCACCAGCACCGAGCGCCUCGAGAUCCUCGACGACGACCGCCACGUCCUCAGCUUCCGCGUCGUCGGCGGCGACCACCGCCUCCGCAACUACCGCUCCGUCACCUCCGUCACCGAGUUCUCCUCCCCCUCCUCGCCGCCGCGGCCGUACUGCGUCGUCGUCGAGUCCUACGUCGUCGACGUCCCCGAGGGGAACACCGAGGAGGACACGCGCAUGUUCACCGACACCGUCGUCAAGCUCAACCUCCAGAAGCUCGCCGCCGUCGCCACCUCCUCCUCGCCGCCGGCCGCCGGCAACCACCAUUAGUGAUUGAUCAUGGUGUAGUAUAUCCACAUGCAUGCGUGCAUUCUGCAUAGUGUUGCUUCUUCUUUUUUUUUCUUUUUUGCUUCCUUUUUUUUUCUCUACCUAAAAGUUGAGUAAAGAGAUGAGGUGUUUAUAAAUUAUAAGUUUGAAAUUAUUUACUUA